GGCCGCGGCCAGUGACAGUUGGGGUUGGGGUCGGAGCUAGCCCUCCAGCCGCCGCCGAGCCGGACGGGCAGGCAGGCGGGCCAGGGCCAGAGCCAGAGGUCAGAGGACGCCGCUGCCCCUAUUAAAGCCGCCGUGCGUGUGCCCUGCCCCUGCACUGCACAGGCACAGCAUCCAUCCACCCAGGCACCCAGCCACCACCGCCUCCCCCUCACGAUCCGGCCCCCGCUUCGUCUAGGAACCUCCGCCGCCGCGCCCCGUCCCGGCGUCCCCGACCACUGCUCCGUCUCGUCCGGCCAGUAAUCCAAUCCAUCGAUCGGGAUCACCGGUCCAGCAAAGAUGUCAACUGCCUUCACCGUCCCACGACUGUCCGUCCCCAAAUCCGGGGCAAGCUACCACCAGACCGCCGCCGCUCCGGCGGCGGCCAAGAAGACCGUCUCCUUGGUCAGCUACACGAGGCAGCAGGCGCCGCACGCGUCAGGGAUACUACUACGGCUGUCCAGCUCCAGCAGGUUCGUGGCGGCGUCCGCAGCGGCCGUGCACAAGGUGAGGCUGGUGGGGCCGGACGGGACGGAGCAGGAGUUCGAGGCCCCCGAGGACACGUACAUCCUCGAGGCGGCCGAGAACGCCGGGGUGGAGCUGCCCUUCUCCUGCCGCGCCGGGUCCUGCUCCACCUGCGCCGGGAAGAUGUCGAGCGGAGAGGUCGACCAGUCCGAGGGGUCGUUCCUCGACGAGGGCCAGAUGGCCGACGGGUACCUCCUCACCUGCAUCUCCUACCCCAAGGCGGACUGCGUCAUCCAUACCCACAAGGAGGAGGAGCUGUACUAGAGGCUUUGAAUUGCUUAUGCAUCUGUGGUUGCUUGCUCCAAUGGUGCCGCGUUCGUUGAGGUUCCACCAUCCAUGACAGGGGAACGGGGGGUUCGUUGUUGAGAUGGACUAGUUCUUGUCAUCAGUUUCGGUGGUCGUUUCGAUGAAUUUAUGGUAUAUGAGUUGUGACAAUAAUUAUGGCAAUAUAUGGUUUCGCAAUUCAAACUGCAAAUUUGACCAGCAAUGGCAAUGUACCAUAUGAGAACUUGUGAAAUUGGCAUUGUGUUCAA